AUGGAGUUUGUGGGGAGCUUUCCUGAUGUUGUAAGUUAUAGUGUUAUAAUCAAUGGAUACUGUCAGGUUGAACAGAUAGGAAAGGUCUUGAAGCUCCUGGAAAAGUUGAAGGGAAAGGGGUUUGUGUUUACAACUCUCAUAAGUGGGUUCGACAAGUCUGGGAAUGUUUCAGCUGAAUGCAAUCUAUUUGAUGAAAUGAGACAUAAGAAAAUAGUUCUUGAUUUCGUGACUUAUACUUCCAUGAUUAAUGGGCUUUGUGAAGCUGGAAAGGUCGGAGAAAUGAAAGAUGCAUUCUCUGUUCACAACCAGAUGGUUGAGAAGGGUUUGACUCCUAAUGUUAUAACUUGUACAACAUUGGUUGAUGGCCUGUGUAAACAUGGUGAGGUAGGAAAUAUAGAGCAAGAAAUAAAAAUUAUGGAAGAAAUGGAUCUGGCAUGGUUUUAUCCUGACACCAUUACUAAUCAAUGGUCUUAUAAAGGGUUUCUUUCCCUUGGUAACAUUGUUGUACCAUCUUUAAGCCAGGCUUUCAGGGAUUGUGCUUGGUCACCAAUUUUGGUAUCUCUUAAGGAAAUUUUGGAUGCUUAUGCUGAAUAUUUUGAGUUCUGGGAAAAUCCUGAUUUGGAUGUUAGUAACUCGUUUGCUCAAUUUACUGAGAGGUUGAUUUAUGGUUACAAGGACUGGGAUUCUUGUGAUUUGUUUCUAGCUAGGCUAUCUAACAGUUUUGAUGGGAAAAAGGUGGCAAUUAAGGUGUUCAGAGAGUAUCCAGAAGCUUUCUGUAAGAAAAAGAAAUUUGUGGAGGCUAAGAAGCUAUUUGAGAUGAGAACUCAAGGCUUUGAUGCAGAAAAAGAGAUAUAUGAUAUUUUUGUUGAUGCAAACUAUGAAGAAAGGAAAUGUGAAAAUACUCUUGAGCUUAUUGAUGAAGCAAUAGUGAAAUGUCUUCUUAAGAGAACUUAG